UAAUACUUUAAAAGUUCGUAAACAGAAUAAAUACUUUAUAAAAUAAAUAAAGAGCGCAUUUUAAACAGUACUAUAUUUAUCUAUGUCUCUCUGGCGCCAUCUACCGGCUGAGUAAUGUAGCGCAGUGCUGCAGUGGGGCUCAGGCUGCCACGGAAUCAGAGCGGAGACCCGGCUGCAGUUGGUCGCUGUUUUCCCGCGGAUUACCGUAAACUCUGGAUUACGGGCUCCUACACCAGCCUGUCUGUUGUUGUGUGAAGGGAGCGGGUUGCCAGGCAGCGGAGAAAUCCUGAUCCCGCAGUGAGACACGCUAACGCUGCUCCUCUCCGAAAUGACCAGAAACUACCACAACACAUAACCCGGCCUGACUCAAUCCAGCCUUCAUUCAGACUUUAACCACCUGAGCCGGAGCCCUGACCCACACUGACCCACAGGGGCUGAAGAUAUCUCCAAACACUUCCACUGAUUUACUGUCGAAGCAGGAGAAGCCUGAUGGCGUUCUGCUUGGCUGAGCUGAACCUGUGGUCCUCCAAGAGCAGUCUGCAUGUGCAAGAUACAGAUGUUGGCACAUUCUUGUUUUAUGAGAAAGGAGAGCCAGUUUUUCCCACAGAUAAGCAUUACUACAAUGAGAAACAGCACUUUACAGAAAGUCGGGGUCACUCGUGGCUCCUGAGUAAUCGUCGUCCGGAGAAGUUGCGGGAUGCCCUGAAGGAACUGGAGGAGCUGUUGCAGGCUAAUUCCUGUGUUUGUACUAAAUGGAGGACGAAGCAGUGCUGUCAGAUGUUGUUGAGUUCAGGUGUGUUGGUGACCCUGACUGUGGGCGGAGCUCAGUUAGAGAGAGUGACCAUCGACAAAACGCUGGUGGGGCGACUUCCUGCUGACACCAUCAGCCACGCGGUGAUUGGCGAUCGUUACCUGCUGCUCUCACUGGUAGAGAAGACCCAGGUGUGUCAGGUGUACCUGGGGAGGCGUGGCCAGACCUCACCUGAGCUCUCAGCACGACGCGGGGAGAAGCUUUCACCUGCAGAGAUUAAGGUCUCGUCGGUGGAGCUGGCGGGCGGAGGCGGGCGGCGGACGGGGCGACGCGUGGGACUAAGUCGGGCGCAGGACGUGGGCAUGUGCUGGUGGCCCGGUGGGCGUGAAGAAGAAGUCUGGCCUUGGUCGCCGGUCCCCGGUGCAAUGGAGCGGGCCAAUCUGGUUCUGCUGGGCUGCUCGGACAGCUCGGGGCUUAUGGUCAUGAACUCCAUACGCACCGACAGCGACCUGUUAGACUGCUGCUUCAGCCUGACCCAGCCUUACCAUAUCCUCACCAUAGAGCUGCACAAGGAGGCCCGUGGCCCCACAGCAGAGCUGCGCGAGGAGUCCCGUCUGCUGGUAGUGGAGGCCUGUGUGUACGAAUGCGCUCGUGGGCGACUGCAGCAGCUCUCAUCUACACCCCUGCCCCUCUCCUCUGUCCCAGUGUCCUGGUGCCGUGACCCGACCGAGCGCUGGCUUCUCCUGGGCCUGCAGGACAGUUCAGUAGUGCUGCUCCACCCUGAGAGUGGGGUUUCUGUGCAGGCCGCUUGCCCCAUGCCCCCCUCGCUGCUGGCCUGGCACCCCUCCGGUGGGCUGAUGGUGGUGGCUGGAGGUCAGGGGGAAGUGCAGUGUUUUGAUUUGGGGCUUUCUCUGCUCCCUGUGCGGCUGAUGAGUGAGGAAGAGGAUGGGCCGGGCCGUGCUGGUGCCAGCCUGCAGCUGGGUCGACACAUGAAGGUGUCCGGCGGCUUGGAAGGAAUCGAGUGGGCACAUUCACCCGUGUCCCAGAAUGCAGAGGGACUGGACGUACACAAUCUGCUCCUGCUCAGGUUUCAUGGAGGACCUCUAGCUGCACUGAGACUAAAGCUGGGUGUGCUGAAUGGGGGUCAGCUGUGGCCAGGCGAGGUCCUGCAGCAUCGCCUGUGCUGUGAGGAGGUGGAUGCUGCCCUGGGCAUUCUGGGUAAUAUGGACUGGUGCAUGAUGGGAGCGGAUUGUUACCGGGCGCUGAUCUCGGUGGCAGAUCAUCUGCUGAGGAAAGCGCUGGACGAACGGACAGAAGGUCAGUUAGAAGCUGCUCUGGGAAUGUUUUAUUCUCCGUCCAGAUCUUUAACAGACACGGUCAUACUGGAGUAUCGAGACCCUCUCAGCCGCUAUGCUCGGAGGUUCUUCCAUCACCUGCUCAGACACCAGCGGUUCGAGAAGGCCUUCCUGCUGGCUCUGGAUAUUGGAGCUCGAGACUUGUUUAUGGACCUGCAUUACGUGGCCCGGGACAGCGGAGAGGUGGUGCUGGCCAGCGUAGCCAAGAAGAAGGCCCAGGAGCUGGACAUGGAGGAGAACACAACAUCUGACCCAGAUGAUUCCAAAUCGAGGGGACGUACCACUGACACCCCCACACCCAAAGAAUGGCCCUCAAACACACACCGCAAGCCACCAUUACCCAGUGCUGAGGGAGUCAGUUCCAGUCAAAUCUCCAAGACCACAGUAUCAAGAACUGGUUCUAGAGUGAAAGUGGACAGAGAGAUGGAUGAGUGUCUUGCUGAGACCAUGUCAAAACAAGCCAACCUGCCUUGGAACCAAAUAGAUGUCACUCUCGUCAGCUCUGAAGAUCAGGUUUCUGAAAACACAGGAAAACUCAAGCUGAUUCAUCUCGGCCUGGUCUGAACAUUUAACACCGAAUUCAGCUGCUGCCAUAAUCAAACCUCCUAUCUCCUAACCGGAGAGUUUCCAGAAGAGGAAAGGAAAAUAACCUACACUUUAAUGGAAAUGUUAUUAUUUUACACAUUUCGUAUAUUUUUUAUUGUAAUGUUUUAUAGACUGUUUGAUGAGAUCUGAGUUAUCAGAUAAAAGAUCAGACAUUAAUAAAAAGUGGAGUUCUAAGGUGAGAGAUGAGAGCAGUGAAAUACAGUGAGUAUAAUUCA